AUGGCUGAAGUACUUUUGAAAAUAAAAUAUGAUGCUGUUGUGUUGGAUGAAGGCCACUUUAUCCGGAAUCCGGACGCUGAAAUUACUGCGAUAUGCAAACGGCUGAAGUGCUUUGCACGCUUACUACUAACAGGAACUCCCAUACAAAAUAAUUUAAAAGAAUUAUGGUCUCUAUUUGACUUUGUCUAUCCCGGACGGCUGGGCACUCUUCCUCUGUUCCAAAGCCAGUUUGCUCUACCGAUCACAAUGGGCGGCUACGCUAAUGCUUCUCCUACUCAAGUUCAAACUGCGUACAAAUGCGCUCUCGUUUUAAGAAAAGCUAUUAGCCCUUACUUAAUAAGAAGAAUGAAAUCCGACGUUGAACUUUCUUUGCCUCAAAAAGUUGAACAAGUUCUCUUUUGCAAACUUACAGAACAACAAAGAAGAAUAUAUAAAGACUUUUUGAGUUCAAAUAAACUGAAAGCCAUAAUGGAAGGGCGAAUGGAUGUUCUGGCCGGAAUUGAUUACCUUAGAAAAUUAUGCAACCAUCCACAUCUCUUGGACCUACGGGUCAAAGAGGACACGUGCUUGUAUGGAAACUACAAAGAGUCUGGGAAAAUGGUCGUUCUUAAAAGUUUAUUAAGUAUAUGGGCUCAACAAAAGCAAAAAGUGCUAAUAUUUUCACAAACACGACAAAUGCUGGACAUCAUUGAAAUAUUUGUAAGAAAAAUGGAUUAUCGGUGCCUUCGAAUGGAUGGUUUGGUGGCCAUUUCUAAGAGAGAACUGUUAAUUACUGAAUUUAACAACAAUCCCAAAAUUUUCAUAUUUUUACUGACAACCAAAGUUGGGGGGCUCGGUGUGAAUUUAACAGGAAAAAAAAUAAUCAUUAUUUUUUUUGAUUUUCAGUUUAUUAUAAUUGGGUUAAUACUUUUAUCUUUUCGUUUAAUAGGAGCUAAUAGGGUUGUAAUAUUUGAUCCAGACUGGAAUCCGUCCACUGAUAGUCAAGCUAGGGAAAGAGCAUGGAGGAUUGGCCAAAACAGACAAGUUGCUAUUUAUAGAUUACUUGUGAACGGAACGAUUGAAGAAAAAAUGUACCAUCGACAAAUAUUUAAACAGUUUUUAACCAAUCGGAUUUUAGAAGACCCUCAGCAGCGACGUUUUUUUAAAAUACAUGACUUGCUUGAAUUGUUUUCUUUAAGUGAGGAACAUGAAACUACUGAAACUGGGGAACUUUUUGGCGGAGAAGGAACAGAAGUAACUAAAAAAAGUUUCACACUUUCUUCUGAAGUGUCUCGACCGGAUAACGGAUUUAUAAAUAUCGAAGAUAGUGAUGUUUCGGGAAUUGAAAGUAUUUCAAAUGUUGAAGUUGGUGAAGGUGAUAAAGAAGAUAUUAAAAUAAAUGACGAUCGCAUGUAUAUUCUAAGCGAGUUAUUUAAAAGUUCCGACCUUCUUCAUACUGCUCUUAAGCAUGAAGAAAUAGUAAAUUCGGGAAGAGAUAUUGAUAAGGAACUAAUUUUAGUUGAGCGCGAAGCGGAAGAAGUUGCUCAGUGCGCUGCACAGGCCUUAAGAGAAGCUCGUGCUAAGGCUAAGGCCAUUCCCCCUGGUCUUCCCACGUGGACAGGCCGCUUUGAAGGAGCACAAAAAACUACCCGUUUCGGUAAUAUUAAGAGUCAAACUAUUAAGGCACUUACACAAAACUUGAAUAAAAGUAAUGAGGGGAUAUCCUUGACUGGUGAGCCAUCAUCUUCUGAACAUUCACUUAGCAAAUCAACGAGUGAAUUUUCGCACGACACUUCCAAUGAAGUUCCUCUUUCUUCAUCGAGCAUAUUGGAAAACGUGAAGAAGCGAUUCGGAAUUACACCAUCUAAAGAAGAUUUUUUUAAAAAAGUGAUAAAAGAAUUAUGCUUAUUUAUUCAAAGCAAAGGAGGCUCUGCAUCUACAAAAGCAAUAGUUGAUCACUACAGAAUUCUUUUAACCCGCCAAGAAACACGUGUUUUUAGAAGUAUGUUAAGGAAAAUUGCGAACUUUAAAAAAGAUGAAAAGGGGCUUGGUUGGUGGACUUUAAAACCGGAAUAUUUAUAAACUUUUGUUUGAA